AUGAAGCGGAAACUCGAGGCGCACACAGAGGACUCGGCAUCGUCCUCCGCGGGACUGCCGUCGGCUGGAGAGGUGGACGAGGCGGGCGAACACGCGAGAAGCAAGCUCGGCCGCCGCGGCGAGGUGUCUGUAGACACCACCGCGCCCAUUAAUGGAGAUUCUCACAUGGAUGACGCGAGUCCUGCAGACCAAAACAACACACGGGCGGGGAAGGACGGAGGCAAGGACGAUCGCGGCAGAGAUCCGCGCCGCAGAGACGGAGGCCGAAGACGGAGGGGGAAGGGCAGGAAGGAGAACAAUGGACUCGCAGAUAAUACCACGAAAGAGGAGGGAGCGAAAGCUCCCUACGAGCCGCUCAUCUACGAAAAUGCGGACUUCGAGGCCUACUACAAAGCGCAAGAAAUUUGCCCUCCGGAAGAGUGGGACGAAUUCAUGGCCUGCGUUAAGACACCGCUCCCAGCUGCAGUGCGAGUCAACCGCUCGGCGCCUCUCUGGCGCUCGACUGUGCGGCUGCUGAAGCAGCUCAGCCAGCCAACGGACAAAGAGGGCACGGAGGAGACGCUGCAGAACUUGCCUUGGAUGCCGCACGAGAUCGGAUGGCAGUGGAGCACCGUCUGCAAGAUUCGUCUUCGCCGCGACAAAGCCUUCAAGCGCAUUCGGCAGCACAUCAUGAACGAGGACUUCAGGGGGGGUUUGACGCGCCAAGAAGCUGUGAGCAUGCUGCCAUGCCUUUUCCUCGACGUCCAGCCAGACCACCGCGUGCUGGACAUGUGCGCCUCCCCAGGCUCGAAGACGACGGAAAUUCUAGACAUGCUGCAGUGGAGCACCGUGGACGCGCUCAACAAAAAGGAAUCCGCCUCCGCGAGCCUCCCGGGCCUCGAACCUCCGACUGGCUUCGUCAUUGCCAACGACGUAGAUGUGCAGAGGACGCAGACGCUGGCGCACCAGUGCAUGAAAGUUCCCUCGCCGGUUAUUGCCAUUAGCUGCUUUGACGCGGGCGUUUUUCCUCUCACGCUCCCUGACGGCCCAAAAGGGGAAUCGCGACUUCAGUUCGAUCGCAUUCUCGCCGAUGUGCCCUGCAGCGGAGACGGGACAAUGAGGAAGAAUGGAGACCUCUGGCGGAAGUGGAGCGUCUCUGGAGGUCUGAGCCUCCACAGUGUUCAGCUCGGGAUUCUGCACCGGGGUUUGCAGCUGCUGCGCGUCGGCGGCCGGCUCGUCUACUCGACGUGCUCGCUGAGCCCUCUGGAGGACGAGGCGGUGAUUGCUGCGGCGCUGGUGCAAUAUGGAGAUGCCAUUGAACUUGUUGAACCGCCGUCUCUGCCGGGACUGCGGUUUUCGAAGGGGAAGACAUCGUGGCUCGUUCCCGUUCCUGACUCGAAGAAAAAGGGUGAGAAAGUCGGGGAAGACGCGACGAGCGAGGCGGAGAAGGACGCGGAAGCUGAGCAGAGUGAAGCAAACGGCGACAAGCUUGAGCAGAAAUUCUUCAAGGCCUUCGCGGACGUGCCGGAGCCUCUUCGAGGAAAGAUCAAGCCGACGAUGUUCCCCCCCCCCUCCGCGGCGGCGCUUCACCUCGACCGCGCGGUGCGCGUGCUUCCCCACCAGAACAACACAGGCGGGUUUUUCGUUGCCUGCUUUCGCAAGACGCGAGAACUUCCGGAGCGCAGCCAGCGCGGCCGCUACAAGACGCUCGCAAGCGACCCGUCAGCCUCCUCCGCUGCGCCGCCCGCGGUUCCUGCUUCGCUUCCAGAGGCGCCGCCCGCCGCCGCCGCGAGCCCCGAGCCCUGCGGCGGCGCCCUCGCGGCGGCGCCCGCGCCUCGUCCGCCGGCUGCUUCGGCGACGGCGAACCCGCUGCUGGACGAAGAGGAUCUCAGCCCAGCGGCCGCGGCGCCGGAGGAGGUUGCGGAGGCCCCCGAGGCGGCGCCGACGCGUCCUGCGCUGAGCUUCGAAGGCCACGCCUCCGUCGCGCUGGCGAUCGCCGCCAGCCAGCCGGGGAGUCUCUUCCAUACGCUCCUGCCCAUCGAUUUACUCGACGAGGAGGGCGUGGACAAGAUCUUCUCCUUCUACGGCUUCUCGAGGGAAUUCGCGCCUGCGCUGGUGAAGGGCGAUCUUCGCGCGCCGGAGGCGGUUCGCGACCUGCCGCUGCAGCAGCUGACGCGGCGUCUGCACACGCCGAAGCGGCUCUACUUUGUGUCUGAGAGCUUUUCGCAUCUGCUGCAUCUCCUGCUUCUGGCGCCCAGUCGCAGGCUGCGCGCGGCGGCCUCUGCGUCUGCUGCCGCCGCGCCAGAAAGCGCUGCCUUGUGUGCGGCGCCGGCGCACGACUCCGAACCGGAAGCGGCGCGCGAGGGCGAGAAGGCGGACGGCCACAGCUGCAGAAGAGGGAAAAACGAAGUUCGAAUGAAGUGGCUCCACGCGGGUGUCAAGGUGCUCGUCCAGCACUCUGAAACGCAGCAGUUGUCUUGUCAGUUUGGCGCCGACGGCUGGAGAAUCGCACAGGAAGGGGCGGCCUUGAUGGCCAGGUACAUGCGCCGGCGUAUCCUAUUUUUGAACUUGGAUGUCGCGGCCUCGCUGCUUCUUUCUGAGACGCGGAUUGUCAACCGCGAAGAGCUGCUUGCAGCGGAGGCUGAGGGCAAGCUGACGGCGCUCGACUCCUGCCGCGAUCCUGAGACCGGCGCGCUGGAGCCUGGCGGCUGCGUCUGCGUGGUGUGCUCGACGACCCUCCUGCCGGCCUCGCGGAGUCCGUCUCUCCCUUCGAUCGAAUCUCUCGCGGACGCGAUCUGCCUGAGCUGCCUCAUGACGCCUGGAGGUCACCUGCACUGCUACGUGAGUCGAAAGGAAGUCGCCGGCCUCGUCUACCACAUCUUUGGCGUCGAGGAGACCGACGGCAACGAAAAAGACGAAACCAACGACGAAGACCAAACAUGA